AUGAUGUUUGAGCAUGUACUUUUUUUGAGUGUCUAUUUAUUUUCGAUUGGUAUCUAUGGAUUGAUCACAAGCCGAAACAUGGUUAGAGCUCUAAUAUGUCUUGAACUUAUACUGAAUUCAAUUAAUCUAAAUCUCGUAACAUUUUCUGAUCUAUUUGAUAGUCGCCAAUUAAAAGGAGACAUUUUCGCAAUUUUUGUUAUAGCCCUUGCGGCUGCUGAAGCCGCUAUUGGACUAUCCAUUCUUUCUUCCAUCCAUCGUAAUAGGAAAUCAACUCGUAUCAAUCAAUCUAAUUUCUUGAAUAAUUAG